AUGUCCUGGUCUUUCCUUUCAUUGGCCUUCGUGGUCUUAACCACGACUAAUGCUGAUAAUCCUUUAUGGAUUGAAGAAAUAGAACAACUUCCCGAAUUAUCGGAUCCGUUGGUCUUCAGGAGUUCUGAUAAAGUUUAUCGUCUACCAGAGAAUGUUGUGCCUUUAGAGUAUGAUAUUUAUAUCGAUCUUUAUUUUGCUGAAAGAACAGAUCGACCAUUUAGUUUCGAUGGAAAGGAAUUCAUUAUUAUUCAGGCAACAGAAGAAAAUGUCACUAAUGUGGUCCUGCACUCCAAUGUAGAUAGAAUAGACUCGGUUAACCUAUUAUCUGAUAAUGGAGUACCAGUCAGCCUUAAUGUAUUUGAACCGUACACCUUGGAGCCACAAUAUCAUUUUCUGCGCAUCAACUUACAACAAGCGAUGGAUCUUGGAAGAAAUUAUACACUAUAUAUUGAAUACAGCAAUAGAAUGAAUGAUGGACCAAUGAAAAGAGGAAUCUGGAAAGGGUGGUACACUGACGAUAACGGUAAUGAAAGGAUAUACGCAGCCACGCAUUUCCAGCCAUACAACGCAAGACAAGCAUUUCCAUGCUGGGAUGAGCCACUAUUUAAAGCUGUAUUCAAGCUUCAUCUAUCCAAACCAUCAAGUUAUAUUGGGACUUACUCGAACACUGGUAUCGAAAACACAGAUACAUUAGAAAAUAAUAGGAGUCGUGACAACUUUCUUGAGAGCCCUAAAAUGUCUUCGUAUCUAGUCACUUUCUUAGUGAGCGAAUCAUUUAAAGUGAUAGCAAGUAACACGUCGUUUAGUCCAGCAAUAAGAAUCAUUGGUAGAUCGAAUACAGCAGGAUUAGGAGAUCAUGCUUUAGAUCUGACUGUUAAAAUGACUGAAUACUUUGACGAUUAUUUCAAAAUACCGUAUUCGUCUUUACACCCAAAUCUUCUGAACGAUCAUAUUUCAUCUCCGGAUUGGGCAUCAGCGGGUACUGAAAACUGGGGAAUGGUCAGUUACAGAGAAUUAUACUUAAUAAUUGAUCCACGGGAAACUAUUAUGUCAGUUGAACAUUAUGCCACUACUCUCGUUUCCCAUGAAUUAGCUCAUAAAUGGUUCGGCAACUUGAUAACUUGUUAUUGGUGGAGUAAUACUUGGAUCAACGAAGGUUUCGCAAGCUAUUUUGGAUACAUUGCUGCACAUCAGAUGUUUCCCCAGUACGAUCUGCAUGAGCAUUUUAAUUCUCGUUACCUUCAAACCAGCUUAAACUUUGACUCAGGAGUUACAACUGUUCCACUAAACCAUGAUGUCAAUAGUCCAGCUCAAGUGACUGGACAUUUUGGAACUAUCAGUUAUUCUAAGGGAGCUGCAUUUCUGAGGAUGCUCGGUGAUAUGAUCACCCCUGCAACAUUCCAGAAAGCUUGCCAAUAUUUUUUGUUGAAUAAUCCUUAUGAAGCAACAGAUCAGUACGAUUUAUAUGACGCAUUCGCACAAGCAAUAAAUGAAGAUCGUACGUUGAAUGAGUACUCAAACUUCAAUUUUACAGACUUUUAUCAAAUUUGGGUAAAUGAGGCAGGCUAUCCCCUUUUAACAGUGGAAGUUGAUUAUAUAUCUGGUGAAAUGUCAUUGACUCAAGAAAGAUUUUUUCUCAGCGCAUCUGCGGGAACCACAGAUCAAAUAUACCCUAUACCUAUAACAUAUACUACUAAAACCAGACGAGAUUUUUCAAAUUUAAAAGCCACUUACAUGCUGACAUCGAAACACGCGGUACUUCAAAAAGAAGCGAACGAUGAAUGGGUUAUAUUCAACAUUAAGCAACAUGGACACUACAGAGUUAACUACGAUGUCAAAACUUGGAAUUUAAUAUCAGAGGCUUUGUUGAACGAACCGGAAUCUAUUCAUUACUUAAACCGAGCGCAAAUUGUUAAUGACGUGUUCGCCUUAAUGAGAGCUAAUAAACUAACAUACAGCUUCGGCUUUCAUAUUAUUAAAUUCCUACGCAAUGAAGUCAAUUAUCACGUUUGGAAUCCAGCAAUUAGUGGAUACACUUGGUUGAGGAACAGACUGCGCCAUCUUCCGGAGAGUCAGGCGACAUUCGAUUCCUACCUUCUUAGCUAUAUGGAUGAGGUUAUCGAAACUUUUGGAUACGAACCAACUUCUAACGAAUCGGUAACUAUAACCCUUACUCGGCAAGAGAUCCUGCACUUCGCAUGCACUCUCGGUCACGAAGCAUGCAUUCAAAAUUCGAGAGAUAAAUUUAUCUCGAUGAGAGACCAAGGCGCUUGGGUCGAUCCUCGGAUCCGGCGCCAUGUUUAUAUUGCAGGAGUUAGACAUGGAGGGCAGCAAGAUUUUGAGUUCUUGCUAAGCAGAUACAGGAAUUCGAAUUUCGCUAACGAUCAGUUGGAAAUUUUGAGGGCCCUGGGUGCUACCAGAGAUCCUCAGCUAUUGACGAGAUACUUGGAAUUUACACUAGACAAAGCUGUUCGAUCGCACGACAAAGCUACAUCUUUCAACUACGCCUUGCUUGGUAACCCUGAAAAUGCUUAUACUGUAUUGCAGUUCGUGAAAAACAACAUUAAUGCUAUCAGAGUGGCUUAUGUUGAAGACGCUCCUCCGAAUCCGGUACAUACUGCUCUGUCCAAUCUCGCAGCUUACUUGGAUGAAGCUGGUCUUGUCGAGUAUGAAGAAUGGCUUCGAAGUACCCAGAGUAACACAGCCCAGUUCAACAGCGCUAUAUCUGCUAUUUCAUCAGCGCGCAACAAUAUGGCUUGGGGUACGGCUAACGUUGACAUGAUUUUGAACGCAGCUAGAGAUGGUGCAACUGCCGUCAUUGUAUCAACUCUUUUAAUAUCAAUAAUGGCUGUAAUUUCUGUAUUUGUCUAAUAAAUAAAACGAUUAAAUUUAACAUUUUUAAAGUUUUAUUUAGUGUUAAAUGUAUAACUUAUCCGAAUCCUUGAUUCUGUUUUAUUACAGUUGAUAAUAACUGUUAU